AUGGGGGUCCAGCCACUCUCCUCAGAAACAGCCAUGGUGGGCUGUGCCACCUUCCUGUUUGCCUUGGUAUCUUUCCGGCUGGGCCGACCUGCAUUUUCAAGGAAGAGGAUGAACCAUGAGGCAAAGGAGGAGACAGGGAAUAGGACUGUCCUGAGGAAGGAGCUGUAUUGCAAAGGCAUGGAGAUUGGGGAAAGCUCAGAGCGGACCCCUGCCCUCUGCCGCCUGGUGCUUCCUCAGCCUCCCGGCCGCUCCGGUUUGCUGGGCGGCUUCUGUGCCCGGCUGCCUCCCGUCUGGCAGGAUGUCGUUUGCAUCGUCCAAUGCAUGAACUGCACUCGGCUCAGUGACAUGAGCGAGCGGCUGACCACGCUGGAGGCCAAGGUUCUCCUGCUGGAAGCAGCAGAGCGGCCCUCGGGCCCAGACAACGACCUGCCAGCCCCGCAGAGCACUCCGCCGCCCAGGAACGAGGACUUCCUCCCUGAUGCCAUCCCUCUCGCCCACCCGGGACCCCGAAGGAGAAGACCCACGGGCCUGGCCGGGCCUCCGGGGCAGACAGGACCACCAGGGCCUGCAGGUCCCCCAGGCUCCAAAGGUGACCAGGGCCAGACUGGAGAGAAGGGCCCAGCAGGGCCUCCUGGGCUAUUGGGACCACCAGGGCCCCGUGGACUUCCUGGAGAGAUGGGGCGCCCUGGUCCCCCAGGACCCCCCGGCCCAGCAGGCAGCCCAGGCCUCUCUCCAAAUGGCCCUCAAGGUGUCCUCUACUCCCUGCAGCCACCUACAGACAAAGACAAUGGAGACUCACAGCUGGCAUCUGCCAUCGUGGACACCGUGCUGGCAGGCGUCCCAGGGCCCCGGGGCCCCCCCGGCCCACCAGGUCCCCCUGGACCACAUGGUCCCCCAGGACCCCCAGGAACACCCGGAUCCCAGGGCCUGGCUGGGGAGCAGGGCACGGCUGGGCCGUCUGGUGAGCCUGGAGUGAAGGGGGAGGACGGGGAGAAGGCCGCCGCCUCUGCAGAGGGCGAGGGGGUGCAGCAGCUGCGGGAGGCCCUGAAGAUCCUGGCCGAGAGGGUCCUCAUUCUGGAGCACAUGAUUGGGAUCCACGAUCCCCUGGCCUCCCCUGAGGGGGGCUCCAGCCAGGAUGCCGCCCUGAGAGCCAGCCUCAAGAUGAAGCGUGGUGGCCCUCAUGCUGAUGGCGCCCUUGCUGCCCUGCUUGGUCCCAACCCUGGGCAGAAGAACGCUGAUGGGGCCAGCGACAGGAAGUAGGAGCCCAGGUCU